AUGAUGGUUGGCCAGGUCGAUGAGCCGUGGAGCAGGGCGAAGAAGGCGUGCCAGCAGGAGCACACCUCGCCCGUGUUCAGCCGCCUGGCCAGCUUCUGCACCGCGGACCGCCUGUCCGACGUGAGCCUGGUCGCGUCCUGCGGCCGGCGCCUGGCGUGCCACCGGGUCGUCCUGGCGGCCGCCAGCGACCUCCUGGCCCAGCUAGUCACCCAAGGGGAGGGCCGGGAGGUGCACUGCCCCGACGUGGACGGGGACACCAUGGAGGCCGUGCUGCGGUUCCUGUACUCCUCAGAGUCGCCACUCACGCCGGAGAACGCCACCGCCGUGCUGCAGGCAGCGCGCAAGUACGGCAUCGCGCCGCUGGAGGCCCUCGCCAGCGCCUUCCUGGCCGACGAGCUCAAUGUGCAGAACUGCUGCAGGCUGUUCGCGCGCGGGGAGAGCGAGGGCCUGCAGGAGCUCAGGGCGCAGUGCCUGGCGCUGGCCGCCGAGAGGUGGGACGACGUUCACCAGACCGAGGGUUUCCUUGACCUGACGAUCGAUCAACUGAAGGCCAUGCUGAAGACACCUGAAUUGACGGGGUGCAAGGAGGUGGACCUGCUGCACGCGGCCUGCACCUGGAUCCUGAGGGACAUCAGCCGGGUGAGGCACCUUGAGGAGCUGCUGGCGAUGAUCAACUUUCCACAGAUGUCUGUGGAGGAGCUGCAAUGCGUUCAGCAGCGGCUGUGCCUGAAAUACCAGCAGGCCCAGGAUGCCAUGGAGGCCACCCAGGCCGGCAGCAAGGACACCCACAUGAGCGACGCGCACCCGGCGACAUCCAAUGACCAGGAGCCAAAAAUGGACGCUGGCAGUGUGGCAGAGCCGAAUGGCAUGGCGAUCAAGCCUGAAGUCAUCGCAGCCCGGUCCCAAUUGGAAGGCUUGAUGGGCAUGCUCCCCUUGCUUCUGUCCUUACAGGCUGGCAAAGCAGGGGCCCGUCAGGUUGAGGGCUCAAAUGGAGAGCUGUCAGAGAAGAUGGAUAAGGCCAGCAAGGUGGGCCGCCGGCAAGAGUUGCUGCUGGCUCAGGUCCCCCAACAGAUGGCAGGUGCCCCUCUUUGCGGAUCUGCUGUGUCACAGCCCCAGCAGCAGUGCAAGGCAGCCGUGGCCAAGGGCGCCAUGUCAGGGGAUGCCACCAGCCAGAACUCAGAGAACCAGGCACAGCGGCAGGAGUGCUCAGAUGUGGUGUCUGGGACUUGUGGACUGCAGAACAAUGCAGAUGCCGCAAAAGAGGCGAAAUCUGCUUUGCAGACGCCUGAGAUGCCAAUCGACAUUGCCAGGGCACCUGCAACCUCUCUCAAUCCUCCAAGGACUGCCCGGUGUGUGUGUCAAGUGGAUGGCUGCAGCAACAACUUGACAGGCUUGAGGGACUACCACGUGCGGUACAAGAUCUGCGAUUACCACCUUAAAGUCAGCUCGAUCAUGAAGGACGGCUGCAGUCAGCGUUUCUGCCAACAAUGCGGAAGAUUCCACGAUUUGUCCGAAUUCGAUGGUAGCAAACGCAGUUGCCGCUCAAGGCUGAUGCGCCACAACGCCCGUCGGCGCAAACGCCUGAGGACCGAGACAGAGGCAUUCCAGGGUGCCUUGCAGGCUGCGAGGGCGGCGAUUCCAACCAUGUCGCCUCACCACCCCCUCAUAUGCCUCGUCAGUGCAUCGCCUUCCACCACCGGGAGGGGCCUGGAGGUGCCCAGGUCAGGUGCCUUGGCAGGGGCGCUCUUACCCCAAGCAGAGUAUCUCAGCGUCCUCCCCCAAGUCAGCCAGGCCCUGGCUUUCGCUGCCAGCACAGGCACACCGAUGGACAGCAUACUCAUCAACAAGCUGGCAGCCCCUGUGCACCAAGCGGUGGACAACAGCCUACGGGUGGUCCAAGCGGCUCCCGCCACUGACACAACAGCAGCAAUGCCGAAGAAUGAUCUGGCCAGAAGCCUGAUGGGAGUGGAAGGGGUGAAGGAAGAGGGUGCCCAGGGUGUGGUGCACUGA